CUGAUUGGUCAGUCACUCAAAAUGUUACUGGGUGUGUGCCACAUAAUGUUCCAAUCCUCGGAAAAGUAUCGCAAUUUCUCCACUAUCCGCCGCGUCGCAUCAAGCAUGCAGCUCCGCUCCCGACUCGUGUCCAGCCCCGCUAAAUGGUCUGCAAUGGCACCGUCAUCACCACCUGCAACUAUGUCGAUUGCUCUGCAACAUGUGACUUCCCCACUGCUGCACGACCCAAAAUCGGAUGCCGUGGAGCUCGCAAUGCAACGGCAAUGUCCUUCUGGUCGUCGAGAACGCACCCCUUUACGUACUCCUCGCAGUGCAAUGAGCGUCAAGAAACGACGACUUUCGAGUGGUGAAGAGGACUCCGAGGAGGCUAAAAGACGGCGUUUCCGACUGCUGCAGUCCGCUUUCGGGCCUGAAGAUCUUGUAAACGAAUCCAAUUGGAUCACGGGCACGUUUAUCGACCUAAUGCUUUGGAAGUUCGCCAACGAGUACCCAGCGGUGCAUUUCCUACCCACAGCCUUCUACCACUUCCAUUUAGAAACGGCUAUGAAAGUUACGGGGUCUCCAUGGCGACGUAGAUGUCGCAGUCGUAGAACCAAGAGAGACUACCAAGUAAAAGACGUUCUCGGACGCAUCGUGGACUACGAUAACAAUACUCCCUUGGUGUUCAUUGUGAACGUCGACCACAUUCACUGGAACUUGUUCCGAGUGCAGUUGAGCCCCACACCGAAGUUGCAGUUGUUUGAACCCAUGGGGAGAUUGGGGUCGAGAUCCGGCAUCUCGUACCGAUCGGUGCCCCGAGCGGUGAUCGAGUGGCUGGAUGUGUGCUAUCCGCAGCACAAAUGCUGGCUGGAGCGCACAGUAAGCGCUAUCACGAACAAACAGCAGGUCAGCGGGUUCGACUGUGGCGUGGCGUGUCUGCUGUACGCGGACAAGUGCGGACGCGGACAGACUGGAGAGGAGAUAAACAAGGAGGUCGACCAGCAAGCCAUCACGUCGUUCCGCAAGCAGUUGCAGCUACAGCUAGGAGAGAAUGGCAUGGUCUUAGAUGGAUAGGAGAAUUAGCAUAGUGACGGUGUUGCGUGAAGUUGAUUUCACUAAAUCUUUGAAAAUUAAUAUACCCCUCGAUACUUUAUAGCGAAA